UUCGUGGGUUUUGUCCUCCCAUCUUAGCUUCUUCCUUUCAACUAAACUAUUAUCCUCUAUUCUCUCCCACAUUUUCCAUAACCAAAUAAUAGAUUAUUCUUUUUAUUUCCCUACCUUGACUCGAAGGAGCUAUUCAAUAAUCAUAAUAAUAAUGUCAAACAUCACAAGUUGUGAUAGUGGGAGCUUCUCCACAGAUAACACUAACAGCAGAGUAGUAGAAGGAGGAGAUGCAUCACUAUUGUUACUUAAUAAAAAUAAACAGCAAUCAGAGUCAGAGAUACUUGGUGGUGGUAACUUCCAUAGUCCAAAUUCUCAUUCUUCAACCAUCACUACUAAUAACAGCAGCAGCAAUGCUUCCAACGCAAAUUCACAACCACAACCACCACCGCCUCCUAAGAAGAAAAGAAGCCUACCAGGAAAUCCAGAUCCAAGUGCUGAAGUGAUAGCUCUAUCGCCAAACACGCUGGUGACUACAAACCGGUUCAUAUGUGAGAUCUGCAACAAAGGUUUCCAAAGGGAUCAGAACCUUCAACUUCACCGGAGAGGGCAUAACCUGCCAUGGAAGCUGAAACAGAGAAGCAGCAGCGAAGUGCGAAGAGCACUGGGAGACCUCACCGGAAUCAAGAAGCACUUCAGCAGAAAGCACGGCGACAAGAAGUGGAAAUGUGACAAAUGCAACAAGAAAUACGCCGUUCAAUCUGACUGGAAAGCUCAUUCCAAAAUCUGUGGUACCAAAGAAUACAAAUGUGACUGCGGCACCGUCUUUUCCAGAAGAGAUAGCUUCAUAACCCACAGAGCUUUCUGUGACGCACUGGCUGAUGAGAAUAACAAAGUGAACAAUGAAGGAGGAGUACUAGGACAUUUUCCAAAGAUAGGUUCCAACUUAUUGCAACCAUUAAUCCCAAACCUAGUUGCAUCAUUACCAAUCACUCGCAAUAACAGUAGUAGUAAUAAUAGUAACCCACACAUUAUUUCUACUUCCGAAUUCAAGCAGCAUCCAUCAUUCCCUCAUGAACUCGUGCCAAUGUCAAUGCCUGAACAGAAACCCUUCAUCAACACCACCACAACCACCAACAACCACCUAAUAAACCCUUCAUCACUGCCCUCUCUUCAACUGAACUCACCACAUUCUCCGCUAAACAUGUUCGAUGAGAGUGGUGGGGUCCAUUUAGCUGCAGGGUUACCUCACAUGUCCGCCACGGCAUUGCUUCAAAAAGCUGCACAAAUGGGUGCAACAAGCGUGAGCAAUAAUAACAAUAACACUAGCAUGGCACCCCCGUCAUUUGCUUCUUCCAAUAAUGGGAUCAUCAUGGAACACUUCAUGCACAAUGCUCAUCCUCAACACGAUAAUAUUUCAUCGUCUCAGUUUAAUAAUAACAAUAAUUUCAACGGGAGCGUUGGAAUGAACGGUGUGGAAAUGUUUAAUGCUAUAUUGGAUCAAAGUAAGGCCUUAGCCAAGAUCAUUGAUCAGAACAACAGAAGCAGUGGAUUCAGUAUCCCCCCGGUGAGUGGUAGGAGUAGUAGCACCAUUAAUAUUGGUGGAGCUAAGGGAAGUGAGGAUGUAAUGACUCUCGACUUUCUGGGAAUCGGAGCGGGAGGUGCUGGUGGUGGUGGCGGCGCCGGAGAUGGUGGUGCCCAUGGAUACUUUGGUAUUGGUCCCUUAGCGUAAGACGUUAGUGUUCAUCAAUAAUGUAUGUGUAUUAUGUCUGCGCCAUAAUUUCUUCUUAAUUUUAGGAAUAAUUACUUGUCCACGGUUAAUUAGUUCAAUUGUGUACACUUCGAUAUUAUUGUAACAUUAUUUUCAGUCCUUAAUUCAUUCCCUUUGUUGACAUA